GUUCAGACUGAGCCAAAUCUGUCAUAGAGGACCAGCAGCAGCAGUGUUGGUGCGACCAUGAGGUCGGAGGCCUUGUUACUCUACUUCACGCUACUGCAAAUAGCCGGGGCCGGUUUCCCUGAAGACAGCGAGCCUAUUAGCAUCUCACAUGGCAACUACACGAAACAAUAUCCAGCUUUCGUGGGCCACAAGCCUGGAAGGAACAACACACAACGGCACAAACUGGACAUUCAGCUAAUCAUGAUCAUGAACAGGACAUUAUACAUUGCUGCGAGGGAUCACAUAUACACGGUGGACACAGACACUGCCAACAGUGACGAGAUCUUUUUCAGCAAGAAAAUGACAUGGAAGUCCAGACAGGCAGAUGUGGACACCUGCAGAAUGAAAGGAAAGCAUAAGGAUGAGUGUCAUAAUUUCAUCAAAGUCCUGCUGCAGCAAAGUGAUGACACCCUGUUUGUUUGCGGAACAAAUGCUUUCAACCCCUCGUGUCGAACCUACAAGAUGGACACCAUGGAGGCUUUGGGAGAAGAGAUCAGUGGGAUGGCGCGCUGUCCGUAUGAUGCCAAGCACGCCAAUGUAGCCCUCUUUGCUGAUGGCAAGCUUUAUUCAGCCACCGUAACAGACUUUCUUGCGAUUGAUGCGGUCAUCUAUCGUAGCCUUGGCGACAGCCCUACUCUGCGCACUGUCAAACACGACUCCAAAUGGCUCAAAGAGCCCUACUUUGUCCAGGCGGUUAAUUACGGGGACUUCAUCUAUUUUUUCUAUCGGGAAAUUGCCAUGGAGUACAACACAAUGGGAAAGGUGGUGUUUCCCCGUGUGGCGAGAGUUUGUAAAAAUGACAGAGGAGGCUCCCCCCGCGUCCUGGAGAAACAGUGGACCUCAUUUCUGAAGUCUCGUCUGAACUGCUCUAUCCCCGGGGAUUCUCACUUCUACUUCAACAUCCUGCAGGCUGUAACCGAUGUCAUUCACAUCAAUGGGAGGGAUGUGGUGAUGGCUACUUUCUCCACUCCUUACAACAGUAUUCCAGGUUCAGCAGUGUGUGCCUACGACAUGGGGGAGGUGGCCAAAACGUUUACAGGGCGUUUCAAAGAGCAGAAAUCACCAGACUCCACCUGGACGCCUUUUCCUGAAGAGAGGGUUCCCAAGCCAAGACCUGGCAGUUGUGCUGGCACUCCAUCUAUGGAGAGAUACAAGGUGUCCAACGAGUUCCCUGACGAUACUCUAAAUUUCAUCAAGAUGCAUCCUCUGAUGGACGAGGCUGUGGCAUCCAUUGCUAACAAACCAUGGUUCCUUAAAACCAUGGUCCGGUACCGUCUAACUCGCAUUGUGGUGGACAAUGAGGCAGGUCCUCAUAAGAACCACACAGUGGUGUUCUUAGGAUCAGAGAAAGGCAUCAUUCUCAAAUUCUUGGCCAAGAUGAGCAAUGGCCUCCUCAAUGACAGCCUGUUUCUGGAGGAGCUCAACGUCUACAACCCUGACAAGUGCAGUAUAGAUGGGGUUGAUGACAAGCGCAUCAUCGGUAUGCAAAUUGACAGCAAGAGUUAUGCGCUGUGGGUGGCUUUCACAUCCUGUGUGGUCAAAGUGCCGUUGUCCCGCUGCGAAAGGCAUGGACGAUGCAAGAAGUCCUGUAUAGCUUCCAGGGACCCGUAUUGUGGUUGGGUGUCAGAGGGAGCCUGCAGACAGGUGGUUGGCAACAUCAAAUCAGCCUUUGAGCAGGACGUGGAGCAUGGUAACACAGAUGGCUUGGGAGACUGCCAAAACUCUUUUGUGGCACUGAAUGGCCGCCAUCACCACCACCAUCACCAUAGCCUCACACUUCCCACCUCAGCCCUGCCUGAGGCCGCGGAGGGCCCCCUGGGGCGGGGCCGCAUGGUGGAGCGGAAGGAUCCCCCAAUGAGUUCUGACACGGGGGAGGACCCCUACAUGGCAGUGCCAUCUCAAACUCAGCACGAAGCCAAUGGUGUGAUACGUGAGAGCUACCAGAAGGGCCGUGACCAGCUGGUACCUGUGACCCUGCUGGCCAUAGCUGUCAUCCUAGCAUUUGCCAUGGGUGCCAUCUUCUCUGGCCUCAUUGUCUACUGUGUCUGUGACCACCGUCGAAGAGACAUGGACCUAACAGGCCGCAAGGAAAAGGACACCCUGCAUCUCCACUCCCGUCGGGGAUCGAUGAACAGUGUGACAAAGCUGACUGGCCUGUUUGAAACGCAGGCCAAAGACGGUCGCCCGGAAGCAAUCCUCACCCCUUUGAUGCACAAUGGACGACUGACACAGAACGGGAAGAUGUUGAUAAAAGCUGACCAGCACCACCUGGACCUGACUGCUCUGCCAACACCCGAAUCCACACCGAUGCAACCGCGUCGCAAGCCCAGCCGGGGAAGCCGAGAGUGGGAAAGAAAUCAGAACCUCAUCAAUGCCUGCACCAAGGACAUGGCAUCUAUCGGCUCUCCGGUGAUCUCCACAGACCUCCCCUUGAGGGCCUCGCCCGGCCACAUUCCCAGUGUGGUGGUCUUGCCGCUGCCACAGCAUCAGCACCAGCUUCAGCCUCACCUGCAGCAGCACCAGUCUUACCAACACGAGUACGUGGAGCAGCCUCACCACAGCGAGCUGUCCAUGGGCCUCGGUGUAAUGGACGACCAGGGGGCCACUCUUGAGUACAAGACAAUGAAGAGCCCCUGUCACAGCCUCAACAUUGUGGAUCCAGAUGGGGUGCUUCCACCUCGUGUGCCACAACGAGAGGCCUCUCUAACCAUCCCUCCCGCUGUCCCGCAGAUGGGCAAACGCCUGGAGGUCCACUCAUCAGUCUAUGGCCUCAGGAAAGGAUCAGCAUCUGGUGCUUCUGGAUCCUCUGCCCUCAAGAAGCAUAACACCAACUCAUCUAACUCCUCCCAUUUGGCAAGACAUCACAGCUUCCGUGUGGAGAGCCCACCACCAGCGCCCCAGAGGGUGGACUCCAUACAAAUGACAGCACAGGGCAUAUCGCUGUCACGGCAGCCUGGAAUGAGCUCUUAUGGUUCACUGCCUCGAACAGGCAUCAAACACCUCAAGCCCGAUGUCCCCCCAAAACCCUCGGUAGUGUCCCUCUCCACAAAAGUCAAGUCCAGUGACUCUGGCACAUAGUCGGCCUGUUAACUCAUCAGUACAAUGUGAACAGACUGUCAUUACAAGGUGUUCUGAAAGGAAGAAAAAACAGGGAAAACUGCAACAACUUGCAUCUUCUGUUAGUGCUUUAUUUGUUUGUUUGAUUGUUUUUUUGUGUACAGUACAGUGGAAGAAUCAACACGUCUUUUUUUCUAAGAAAACACUUUCUUUUUAUAUAAAUAUGUAAAUAUGAAAUGGUUGUUGUCUAUUGUUGCCGUCAUCAAGCUCUGUCCGACUCUCAGUUCCUCUGUAAACACAAAAGGCAACCCGUGCUACUGAAAAAGAAAAUGGAACCUGUCCUGAAUAUUUCAUACAUCGGCAUCCUGUAGCAUCCAAGUCAGUGGCUCUCUGGUUUGUAAUGUCUUUAGUCGCUGGGACUUGACUUGAUACUUUAUCAUGCUGAUAAAAGCACAUAAGGAGACAGCACGCAAGAGGGCAAGGGUUGGACAAUAAUCCUUGUACAUUACCUUGAGGACUUGAGAAUCUUAGUGAACAUGCACUCAGAGAGAUUGAGUUCAGACUGGAAGGACAAACAGUUGCCUGAGUUCUGAUGGAAACUGUGAAAAGCCUCUCAGUGUUACAGCAAUCAAGUCCUGCCGGGGUUUUAUCCAAAGCCUGGACAGAGGAAUCUCCUACUGUACUGGUUACUGAAAAACACAUGACUGUUAAUACUAAUAGCCUGUUGUAUUUAUUUUUAUUAAGUGCUUUUGAAAAAAAAAACGGACUGACUUUGUAGGGUUGAACAGAGAGAGGACAAAGAAGAAAUGUUUUAAUAUGAAUUAAUCAAGUGAGGAAAAAAAAUAUUUAAAGUCAUUAAACUGGAGCCAGUAGAACUGUUUUGUUGACUAAAGGUCCACAAGGUCUUACUGUGUGCUCAGUGGGACCUACAGUUUGACAUACAGUAUACCUUGACCUCUGAAAGAAGAAGGUAAUAUUUAUUUAAACUGUGCCAGACCAGGACUUUCACCUUUAUGGACCAGAAUUUCCAUUGUUUUUGGCCAAUCAUGAAAAAAAGAGACUUCCUGAAUCGCACCCUUUCACUCCUCCCAACCCAAUCAGCACUGUGGUUUUGUGUGAGUCAGAAACAUUGAUCCCGACUGGUGGCUGACUUACAGGUGCCAUCAAAGCUCACUGUUGCAUUUUGCAAAGAGAAGAAAAGCAGCUGCAGCUGCAGCAGUGCAGGGGUCUGAACGCAUUAAAAAAAAACAAGCCGUGGAGGAGGCCGCAAGCAAAUGGAGUGACGACUCCAUCUGGGAACAUAUCGUCUAGUCCAACGUCAAGCAGGUGAAAAACGAAAACAGUAAAAACAUCGGUGUUGCCUGCUUCUUUUUCCACAUGUAAAUUUGUGCCUUACACCCUAAAGUAGUGACAAUGUUUUCUUUAAUAGAUGUUAACUUUGUCUCCUUGUUGUAUUUUUUCUUUUUAUCUUUCAUUUUUUACGUCAUGUUUCCCUGGUUUGAUAAAAAUGCAAUUAAAGAAUGUAGUGUUAUUGUUGUAAUUCUGGUCUCUAGACAUAACACACUUACAGUCUGGAGGAAGAGGAGGAGAGGUGGGAGCAUUCCCUUUCUUCUUACACUCUUUCCGUCUAGUGGAUAAACAAAUGCACACACACACACACACACAAACACACGCAAACACACACACACAAACACACACUUACUCAUCUUUGUGGUUCAUUUCUGAUUGUGCCAUUAAUGAGCUUAAAGGAACCCUUUAUGUUGUGCUGGCAGUGUCGAUGAAGACGUUGUGAGUGUUUUUGAUUUUCUGUUUUAUACAAACUAAAAGUCCUGCUACUUGUUUUUGCUGUCUUUUUGUUUGGAGUGGUGGUCAACUGACUGAUAAACUGAACAGUUAACUUUUGUGUCUUGUUGAGAAGGCCAACGUUUGUGUAUCUUUCUGGUGCACCGCAAUAAUAAUACAAUGAGAGCAUCUUAGCAAAUGUACAGAGCGAGAUACACAGAGGUCCCCUGUGCACGAGGGCAGUUCACGGCGACUUGUGUGCAUCUUAAUGUUUAUUUGUUAGGCAGUUGCAUAAACAGGCUGGUUCCUGUGACGAAAGUUGACAUUUUAAAACAACAUUCAAAAUUUUGCUCUUUAGCCCCCCUUUUUGUAAGAAAAAAACAUGGUUUAAGAAAGUUUAGAGACACUUUUCUAAAAAAAAAAAGAAAAAAAAAGAAAAUGUUUGUUUCACUAACUCUCAUUAUCAGAGCCAUGGGAAUGGCUGAGAGUUUAGGAAAUCUGACUAUUUUUCUUUCACCUCCUUCCCACAUGGGGAUUUUUAUUGAUCGCCCCAACCCCUCACCUGAACACUUAAAUGAGUGGAGCACUCCCUGUGUGUUUUAUGUGUAGAUAGGUCAAAAUUCUCUCUUGAUAUCAAGAAAAUUUCUGUUUCUCAAUGGAGGAAAAGCCAACAAUGUCUCGAUCCACAGCUAAAACAAGAGGGACAUCAGUUUAAAUGUGUGCUGGGACAGAAACGUGUGGUCAAAAAUCAUGGGUAUGGGGAGAACAGGUCAAAGCAGGACUAAAGACAAAUGGGAUCUGUAGGAAAACAAGUUCUGUGGGUAAUUGAGAUAGUUAUCCCUGUUUUGAGUAAAGCUUUGACCCUUAAUUUGGAGUGGCCCAUGAUUAGUUUGGUGGUGUCUUUUCACUCUAGAUAGUGACUGAGCACAAGCACACAUUAUUUUCAACCUUCAGUGUAUUUAAAUGGUCGGACCAGUGAUUUUUUCUCAGGCCCGGAAUAACGCUGACCAUCAGCUAAAUGGGAACGUUUAGUUCAGGUGGAUCUUGCCUGGGAAAAUCCACACAGAUUGUAGACAUGAAAACCUGCCGAUCAGACGGGUAAACGUUCACAUCCCGUGUGGACGAUGACUAAAUUAAGCUGUGGGUGCAUUAAAGAUUCAGUAGCAUCCAGCAGCCCUAUAUCAGAACGAGGUUUCGAUCAUUUUGAAGAGCGCAUUAAGGUUGACUGUGAAGGCUGCUGUGGACAGUGAGGUUCUUUAGUGUGUGCCUUUUUGUCUUUUCACCCUUGGUAUAAUACACUGCUAUUAGAUGCAAAUCAACUCUCUUAUCAACUUCUCAAACUUUUGAACUUUGUAAGCUUGUAAGAUAUUGUGACGUCACAAAGUUUUUUGCCCUACUCUCUCCACUUCCUUAACAUCUGAUUCAAAGCUCAAUGUAUGUUGUAAAGAAAAAACUCUUUAAUUUAAUGCAAAAUGUAAUAAAAAAAAAAAGAAAAUAAAAUU